CCCCCGCCCCCCUCUGGCCGCACAGCCCUGGACACCGGACACAUCGCCCAGAGCCUCCCCAAGGCCAGCAAAAGGACCUGCCUGGGUUCCCAAGGCUAUGGCCGGCACCAGCACCUUCAUACCAGGGCUCCACCCUCAGAAUCCUCGUUACAUCCCGGGGUACACCGGACACUGCCCGCUGCUUCGGUUCAGCAUGGGCCAGACCUAUGGGCAGGUGACUGGUCAGCUGCUGCAAGGCCCUCCUGGUCUAGCCUGGCCCCCUGCCCAUCGCUCGCUUCUGCCUCCCAUUCGGCCUCCAAGAUCUCCUGAGGUUCCCACGGGAAGCCUGCCGCCUAGGCGUGGGCACGGACGGCUCAGCUCCAGCAUGGUCCCGGGGUACACAGGUUUUGUACCCCAGGCGCAGUUCAUCUUUGCCAAGAAUUGCAGCCGGGUCUGGGCCGAGGCUCUGAAUGAUUUCACUCGGUGGAACGGGGGGCAAGGGGGCCCAGAGCUGCCACAGGGGGCCAGGGGCGCAAAAGGUACGGAGAAAGAGCAGGAGCCAACACUGGAGCAGGAGGCAAGGAAGGAACCAGAGCCGGAGCAGGAAGUGGAACAAGCUUCCCCCUACUCCAUGGAUGACAGAGACCCUCAGAAGUUCUUCAUGUCAGGCUUCACUGGCUACGUGCCCCGUGCCCGCUUCCUCUUCGGCUCCAGCUUUCCUGUGCUCACCAACCAGGCACUGCAGGAAUUUGGGCAGAAGUACUCAAGGGGCAGAGCCCAGAAGGACCCUAAGCCUCCCGGCCAGCUCCCCAGGACCUCUGAGAACCAGGGUCUCUUACCGCACGAUGGGGGCGACGGGCCGGGGUCUAAGUUCCAGUUUGGUCACACAGUUGGGCAUCUCACCCACGAUGCUCUGGGCUACAGCACCGUCCAGAAGCAGCUCCUGGCUGAGGGAGCUGGACCUCAGGGUCUCCCUUCCCUUCUCAUGCUACCCCAGCCGUCCUUUUGGAAGGACGGGAGACGGGGGCUCGGGGGGAGGGACCACAAAGAGAAUGGUUUGAAGGCUGAGCACCUUUUUUAUUAAUAGGUGUAAUAAAUAAAUAAAUAAAUACAUAAACAGA